AUGUCUACCGUCGACCCCCGCGUGGCCGCUGUGCUAGAUCACACCAAACAACACGAAGACUCGGACGACGAAGAUGCCCUCAUCGCCGAACUCGAAGAAGACGAGGGCUCCCUGGCUGCCUUCCGUGAACAGCGCUUGCAGCAACUGCACGGCGAACUGGCCCGCGCAAAGGCCCAGCGCAACUCCGACUACGGUACAUACACCGAGAUCAAGGAAGAGAAGCAGCUCAUGGACAUCACCACCUCUGCAAAGUUGUGCGUCGUCCACUUUAUGAAGCCCGACUUCAACCGCUGCAGAAUCAUGGACCAGAAACUUGCCGCAUUGGCACCUAAACACUUCGAUACCCGCUUCCUCAGCAUCAACGUCGAAAAUGCCCCUUUCCUUGUCGUAAAGCUCAAAAUCCAGGUCUUGCCUUGCGUUCUCAACUUCAUCAACGGCGUCAGCAGCGACAGAAUCGUUGGCUUCGAAGGCAUUGGUUACAAGCCCGACUCGUUCACAUUGCAGGAGCUCGAAGCUCGUCUGCUGUACGCAAAUGUGCUACUCAGAAGCAAGAUGGUGGAUGAGGAUGAACAUGCCAUGAGAUCUGGUGCUUUACGCUCAGCGAAGGUCACCGAAGACUACGACGAUGACGAGUGGGAUUGA